UGUUGAGGUUGGGUGGUAGAGUGGGAGGUUGAUUGAGGAAUUGACAUAAGAUGGCCGAAUUUAUUCGUGGUGGUUCGGGUGUUAUCAUUCAAAAAGAAAAAUUGCAUGGUUCUCCAAGUACCGGUAGCGAUGAAGGGCACGAUGGUGCUACGGGUGAGGAUUUUGACCCAUUUUCGGGUGAUCAAGACGAGGGGGAUGGAUCCAAUAAUUCAAUGCUUGUUGCUCCACCUGAAACUCAGUGGUACCACGGACGGUUGGAUCGCUACACUGCCGAAGAGAGGCUAUGGGAGGCAUCUAGGAUGGGGAGCUACCUGGUACGUGAGAGUGACCGCAAGCCCGGUUCCUACGUUUUGUCCUAUCUUGGCCGCACCGGGAUCAACCACUUCAGGAUAACUGCAGUGUGUGGGGACUUCUACAUCGGUGGACGACAGUUUGACUCACUGCCAGAUCUGAUCGGCUACUACACCAGUUGCUCAGAUCUUCUCAAGCGGGAGAGGCUCAUACACCCUGUUGCACCUCCGGAGCCAGUUAACGAUAAGAAGCGGAUUGUUGCCAUUCUGCCUUACACUAAGAUGCCAGAUACUGAUGAACUCAGUUUCCAGAAAGGAGACAUUUUCUUUGUGCACAAUGACAUGGGCGACGGCUGGUUAUGGGUGACGGCUCAUCGGACGGGCGAGCAAGGGAUGAUAUUCCGUGAUCUUGUAGAUGACCUUGAUGAGAACAUUGACCCCAACACUGUGUUCAACUGGUUUCAUCCCAACGUCACCAAGAGUGAGGCAGUCGACAUGCUGGUCAAGUCGGGCCCUGGCUCAUUCCUGGUGCGUCCCAGUGACAACUCUCCGGGUGACUAUUCUCUCUUCUUCCACAUCAACAACCAGAUACAGAGGUUCCGGAUAGAGAAGAAAGGCGUGCGCUACCUCAUGGGCGGCCGUACCUUCGAGUGUCUGGAUGCGGUCAUCAACCGUUACCGGAAGGAGCAAAUCGUAGAAGGCCACACGCUUGUCCAGCCUGUAUGUAGGACGCUAAAUGACUCCGAAGCCCCUGUGAAGCCUAAAGAAGUUCAACACGCAGAAAAAAUCUAUGCCACUCUUAGAGAAUGCAGGGAACAGUCAGGAAUCAAGAAAACAAGAGGUAUCAAGAUGCAAGGAUAUCUCUGCAAGAAGAGUGAGAAGAAUAAGAAGUGGAAGUCUCUGUAUUUUGUUCUCAAUGUGGAUGAAACAGAUACUCACCUUUGUUUUUAUGACAAUCCCAAGAGGACAAAACCUAAAGGCCUGAUAGACCUGAGCUGUGCCUACUUGUACCAAGUGCAUGACAGUGUGUUCGACCGGCCUAACUGCUUCCAGCUAGUGGAGAGAGCACUGCCCUGUCUCGCUACAAUUACCUACCUCUCCGCCAAUACUUCAGACUGUGCUCAGGACUGGAUCAACGCCUUGAAGCCACUCUGUGUUACGCAGAUGACCAGAUCACCAAAGGUCCAGCGGCUUAGAGAAUUACGAUGUCUCCAACUCAAUAUCAUUGAUGCUCACAGGUUACCAUCCAAGGUGGUGCCCAACCCAUUCUGCAUACUCUCCCUGAACCAAGUGAAGGUUGCCAGGACUAAAGUUAAAACUGGUCCUGAUCCUGUGUGGGACGAGGAAUUCAUUUUAGACGAUGUACCACCUGACGUGCUAACUUUCACAGUGACUGUCUACAACAAAGGGAAGCGGUCAAAGGACACGGAGGUGGCAGAGCUCACUGUAGAACUCUCUAGUCUGACCAAUGGUGAUGAGAUUGAAGACUGGUACUCGUUGUCGGGAAUGACGCCCAUUGGCGAGUGGGGUUCGCUGCGACUGCGCACACGGUAUCUCCAUGAUCUCAUCAUGCCCAAGGAGGAAUACUCGCCCAUGCAACAGCUGAUCUUGGACCCCAGUCUGGAGGCAGUGAGAGCGCUAGCAGACCUGUGUCACCUGGAUCGCAUGCCUCUUGCCACAUCACUGCUCAGAAUAUUCAGGCAUGAACGGAAGGAAGCCGACCUAUUAAAGACACUGAACGACGCAGAGAUAGAGAAGGAAGAGGAGACGUCAACGCUAUUCCGAGCUGCCUCACUGACCACCACACUGAUGGACCUAUACAUGAAGUCUGUGUGUACAGACUUCCUACACUCGGCUCUGCGCUCUACCAUAGUGAAACUGCUGGAGACCAAACAGUCCUGUGAGCUAAACCCCAACAAAAUGGAGAGCCCGGAAGAUGCAUGCAACAAUGCUGAAUUCCUGUUGCAAGUCCUGGAUGAAGUUACCCAUUCUAUAUUCUUAUCAGCAGAGGCAUGUCCCAAGACGGUGAGAUACAUCUGUGGCUGUCUGCAACGCUGCGUAGUGGGAAAGUGGCCGCACGAAAGGCUUGUCCGCACCCGGGUCGUUUCUGGCUUCAUCUUCCUGCGGUUGCUCUGUCCGGCAAUUCUCAACCCUCGGCAGUUCAACCUCAUCUCUGAACCACCACCGCCGAUGGCUUCCCGAUCGUUAAUCAUGGUGGCUAAGUGUCUCCAGAAUUUGGCGAACUUAGUGGAAUUUGGUGGCAAGGAACCGUACAUGGAGGUGGUAAACCCUUUCAUCCUCAAGAACAAGGAGAGGAUGGUUGUCUUCCUGGACCAAUUAUCUAACCUGGUGGAGAAGCCAGAGUCAGAAGGGGAGAGGGUGAAAGGAGAUCCUGCUCGAGACCUUGGUACUUUACACCACAUCUGCGUCUCUCAUUUAAAAGAGCUGCAGGCACUCAGCAAGACACAGACAUCACUAAAGAAGCUGGUGACAGUGACAGAGAUGCUGAGCAAGCACAAGCAGAAGUACAUGGAGAUGAUUAGAUAGUGAGAGGGCGGGUGCUAGUCCGCACAGCCGCUGUCAGAUCUGAACUGAGCAAGUGACCUAUAUACUAGUAAUUAUUGUUGUGUUGCAGACAUCACUAAAGAAGCUGGUGACAGUGACAGAGAUGCUGAGCAAGCACAAGCAGAAGUACAUGGAGAUGAUUAGAUAGUGAGAGGGCGGGUGCUAGUCCGCACAGCUGCUGUCAGAUCUGAACUGAGCAAGUGACCUAUAUACUAGUAAUUAUUGUUGUGUUGCAGACAUCACUAAAGAAGCUGGUGACAGUGACAGAGAUGCUGAGCAAGCACAAGCAGAAGUACAUGGAGAUGAUUAGAUAGUGAGAGGGCGGGUGCUAGUCCGCACAGCCGCUGUCAG